CACUGGUUUUAUUCAAGUGAGGAACAGCAUGCAGCCUAAUAAGGAAUAUAAUUUUUUUCAUGGUGCAUGUUAAUCUGCCCUGUUUUCCAUGCAAAAAAAGCCUGCAGCUCUUGCCAGGCAGCCUCACUUCAGCUCCUUCUUCAGAAGUUCAUUCACGGUUACAGUGCAAUCGCAGCUAAUGAACAGUUUACCAGGAGUAAACAAGGCUCUGCAUUUUGGGUCAGCUGGGAAGGUUUCCUGGUAUCACUGUGACUCAUCCCUGGAAGGGUCAUCCCAAAACACACCCCCUGUGAUCUGAUCUUGGUACAGUCUGAAGAGUCCCAGGUUAAGAAGCUGAAGGGAUUGUUGUUUGCAGAAGUCACUUUGGAGUUUGCUGUGCCUCUGAGCGGGGACAGUCCUUGGCCAGAUAACUCAAGGAAAGGGAGAUACACCUCUAACCCGUGGCAGGAAGGAAGAGGAGAGGAACUGACACACAGGAGUGUUCCAAACAGAGCAAGUUCAGAUAUUCUCUCCACUCCCUCUCUUGAAACAAAGACAGAGAGAUAUGUCUUCAUCAGUGCAAUUCUUCAGGGAUCAGAAGUACCACGAACUGAAAGGGCAGUGUAUCCAGCAGAGACAGCUCUUCAAAGAUCCUGAGUUUCCAGCCUCAGAUGAAUCUCUUUUCUAUCAGUCAGCACCACCAAGGAAAGUUGAAUGGAAGCGCCCAAAGGACCUCUGUGAAGACCCCCGCCUGUUUGUGAAUGGAAUCAGCUCCCAUGACUUGCACCAAGGCACCUUGGGGAACUGCUGGUUUGUGGCUGCAUGCUCCUGCUUGGCUUUGAGGAAGACCCUCUGGCAGCAGGUGAUUCCAGACUUUAAUGAACAAGAAUGGGACCCUAAAAACCCAGAGAAAUAUGCUGGGAUUUUCCGUUUCCGUUUCUGGUGCUUUGGAGAAUGGACAGAAGUGGUUGUUGAUGAUCUGCUGCCAACGAUGGAUGGGAGGUUGAUCUACUGCCAUUCCAAUGUGAAGAAUGAAUUCUGGAGCGCAUUACUGGAGAAAGCUUAUGCAAAGCUGGCCGGAUCUUAUGAAGCCCUAGAUGGGGGCAGUGCUGCAGAUGCAAUUGUGGAUUUCACUGGAGCCGUGUCAGAAUCUAUUGAUUUGGUACAUGGCAAAUAUGGUGAGAUUAUUUCUGAGCAGAUGAAGCUGUUUGAAGACUUGCUGAAAGUGCAUAAAAGAGGCGGACUGAUCAGCUGUUACAUCGCGGCUUCUUCUGGCAGUACCUAUGAAGGGGAGACACGGAUGGGUCUUGUCAUUGGUCAUGCCUACUCAGUGACUGCAAUUCGGAAGAUGCGCCUUGGAGAAAGGCUCACAUUCUCUUUUAAGGCAGAAAAGCUGUUUAUGAUCAGGCUGAGGAAUCCUUGGGGAAAAAGAGAGUGGAAUGGUGCCUGGAGUGACAAUUCUGAGGAGUGGAACAAAAUCAGCAAUUCAGAACGUAAGAGCUUGGGACUCACUCUUGAGAAUGAUGGAGAGUUCUGGAUGACGUUUGAAGACUGGUGUAAGAAUUUCACUGAUGUGGACAUCUGCCGGAUUGUCAAUACCUCCUACUUCAGCAUCCACAAGACCUGGGAGAAGAAAAUUAUGCAUGGGGCUUGGACAAAGAAUUCAGAGCCCCUGCUAAAUCGCUGUGGUGGGUGCUUUGAUAACAAAGAGACCUUUCUUCAGAAUCCCCAGUACAUCUUUGAUGUGAAGAAGACAGAGGACAAAGUGUUGGUCUCGUUACAACAGGAGGAUCGCCGCAAAUACAAGAAAGAAGGGAAAGGAGACAGCAUCCCAAUUGGCUUUGAAAUAUUGAAGGUGGAAGAUAACAGAGGCUAUCGACUACACAAGCUCACUGUGCAGGAGAGAGUGGCCACGUCUCCCUACAUCAACACACGCACCGUCUUCGUGAAGAGGAUCCUUAAGCAAGGCCGCUACGUCCUUAUCCCAACUACAUAUCUUCCUGGUGUCACUACAGAGUUCAUCCUGAGACUCUUCACAGAUGUGCCAUCAAAACUCAGGGAGCUGAAGUCAGAUAAGCCCAAAAUGACAUGUUGGAGUCUUCUUUGUGGCUAUCCACGCAGAGUCACCCAAAUCAAAAUUCAGUCUGCAGAGGGCUUACAGAAGCAAGACAGAUCAGGUGGAGCAGAUCCCUUUGUGCUUAUCAAAUGUGAGAACCAGAAGGUGCGCUCCUCUGUGCAACAUGAUACCACUAGUGCCAUCUUCAACACCCAAGUGAUUUUCUACAGGAAGAACAUCGACAGUCCUAUCAUUAUCCAGGUCUGGAACAGGAACAUCCUGUGUGACCAGUUCCUAGGACAGGCGCUGCUGGCAGCUUCACCCAGUGACCCCAGAGAACAGCAGACUCUGCAGCUCCGAGGGAGAGGCAGCCGAGAAGCAGCCGAGGUGCCAGGUCGCAUCACUGUCAAGGUUUUUUCCAGCGAUGACCUCGUGGAGCUAUGAAUACCAAAGCCCCGCAGAGCCAGACAGAGCUGUCACCUCACAGCAGGGGGCUUUGUCUGUGUUUUUGUGUGAAUGACUCGGGAGCAAAGGUUGCACAUAAUCAUAAUCGCUUUAAAAAGAAAAAGCCCUCUAACUCUCCACGUUAUCAUGGAUAACGGGGAGAGAGGCUUUGAAAGAGGGAAAAAUACAUAUUUAUACAUAUAUAUGUUCAUGAUACAGGAAAUGCAGCAAAAGAGGGGCCAAACUAAAUGUUAGCAGAUAGGCUCACUAAGAUGUGACUGACUCUCUUCCCCAGCAGCAUCUCUCAGGAGCUCUUGGCACAUAAGCAGGAAGCACAUGUGACUGGUCUCACAGGUUCCCAGCACAUUGCUGGGACUGGAUGCAGGCAGGAAUGGCUCCAUCUCCGUGCUAAGGUACCAGCAGGUUGGUGGGAUGGCAGGCACAAGGUGGAUUUCCAUGGCAAGUCCUUGUUCACUGCCAGGCUGCAUUUGGGAAGGGGAAGCUUUUUAAGCUUUGAUUGAAAUUUUUUUCCCCAAAUAUGUAUAUAAAAUUAUUGGUGAAUUUCAUAGUUAUUGCUACAGAUCAGAUGUUUCUAUUCCUUGGCAAAAAUGUCAUUAUUACUCAAGGAGUUCAGUCAUAGGUCAGAGCCUUAAGCCCAGGCAUGCCAGGGCAACGUUAAAAUAGAAGGGCAGGUCUUGCAGAGCCUAUUUGAACAUCACAGCAAAUAAGAGCUUUGUGCACAUAAAGGCUCUCAGAUUGACUUUUUAAUUCCAUUCUCCACCUCAAGCUGAUGACUCACAAAUUGGUAUCUCUGGCAAUAGAUAGGCACCUCACAAUAGAACCGUGGUUUUGCUCAGAGGACAAAUUCAGCAAGGGGAGCCUCCUUGCUAAGGCUUUGUUUAAGCCACAUGAUGCUAAAAAUGGAGUAAUACUCCUUUUGCUUCAUUAGGUGUGAUGGUAGCACCAGACUGAGAGAGGACGAAAUUAGCUCACGACAUGGAUGGGUUUGUAAAACAAAGAUGCUGCGCCCUGGCAGGUAUCAGGCAUCACUCAAAGUUUUGCAUGGGUUUGUUGCUGACAGAGCUAAUGUCUUUGAAGAAGUUUAGCUUGGGUAUCAUGGAGGACAGGUCUCGUUUCACAUUUCGUUCAAACAGGGCUCAGGUACAAACUUUCUUUUAGCCUUUGCAUAUAGCCUGAUGGAAACAUUUCAUCAUAGCAGGCAUUUCCGUGCUGUCAGGCUGUGCAGUGAUUCUGGCAGGGGAAGAGGUUCAAUGUGUUAGAUCUCUUGGAAAUGGAUUUCAUAUGGUUGCAAAUUCUGGUGUUGAAAGUGAAGCUCAAGGAUGACUGUUCUUCCUUUUGUACAGCCAGAAAGUUUUGAUUUCUCUGUACCCUGUAACCACUUCAGGCAUUUUGUGCAGUUUCUGUAAUUUAUAAAAUGGCUCUCAGUAGAGUUAAUGUUUUCACAAAAGGUUUUGAAGUCUCAGGGAUCAUUGCCAUGGAAGGAAAAAGCUUUCUCUGUCAUGUUGAAGAUGGAAUAUACAGCUACGAAUGAUAUUUUACCACCAUCAGCUUAGUUAUGUGGACCAAGUUCCUAAAUCCAGCUCUUUUUAAAUAGCUUGGGCUCAAGCUGUUUUGCACACAGAGCAUUUAUCAGAUGUGAACUACAUGAGGUUGACAGCCCUACAGGCAAGUGAAUUCUUCUCUGUAAACUCACAGCUUCAGAGUUGCUUACUCUCAGGUACACUUGUAAAAAAUUAUUUUUUAUUUUUUUUAAAAAGCAUGAAUUGUCUCACACAGACCAGAGCUUGGGCAAGGCACACAGGAACUGCAGCUCAAUCUGUGCUGUCCAAGCCCUGCUCUGAGACCUGUUUGCCUCACUUUUCCUCCCACGCAGUUUGAUGCUGUGGUAGCUGCUCCUCAGCAGCGUGGCCCAAGGGGUGACUGCAGCCCCUUGGGUGCAGAGCACCAUGCUGGUGUUCCAGCCCUGGAUAGAAACCCAUGCUGCAAUUCGUAGGACAGCAAAGCCUCAGGACAGCACACCAAGGCAGAGCAGAAUAGGUCAUGUCAUACUCCUGUUUCAGACGGACUUUUCUCCAGGGGCUGUUCUGUAUGAGAAGGGUGCAGUAAGAAGGGGUUGGCUUGGCCAGCUGAUUGAUUUGGGUCAGUGUUUAGCCUGAAGAAGGUUUCUCUGAGGGACAGCACCCAGCAGGGCCUGGCUGCUUUCCCUUCUGUGACCUGAGGCAGAUGGCAGGAGACCAGAGGAGGCUCAUGCCCCCCUGCCCAAAUAUUUGCCUGAUCUGAGAGCUGGUGUGAGCUCAUUGAGGGCACCAAGCCAGAGGGGAGUUCCUUGGCUGCUUCCUUGGAGCCCUGCAGCACUGGACUCCAGCUGCGGGCUACACAUCCCACUUAAGCAUCUGUGUAAGGGUUGUCCCCCAUGUCCGCAGGGCAGAGGGAGCUUGACCAGCAGUUCUUUGUUGUGUACAGCCUGACAAGGAGAGAGUGGCUAAAGGUGAUGGUUAUUAUCAUAGUGUCGUCUUCUUUGCUGUUCCUCACCCUGAGCAAGACCAAGACCCCGGUUUGGGGACUUGUCCUUGUCCCUGGCCACACAACAGCAGUCUCUCAGGAGCCCUGUUAAGAUGUUAAUGUGUAGUUGCUGUUUGUCUCAACUAAAUGCUCACCGUUUGGAAUUCUCACUAGGGAGCUGCGGGGUAGAGAGCCAGCCUGGCUGCUGCAGCGUGGCUGGGGUGCAGGGGGCAGCGCCGGCUGUAACGGGAGCAGCCGGGGCAGUAGCUUUCAGCCCGCAUUUCGGAGAGUCGUGUCCUGCACCUUCUGGGGGUGCCGCCGGGUCGGUCUCGCUGUCGGGCCGCGGGCGAUGUGGUGGAAGGUCCUUCGGGCUGGCGGUGCCCUGCCUGCCCUGCCUCUGCCCUGCCCCUGCCCUCCCUGCCCUGCCCCUGCCCUGCCCUACCCUGCCCUGCCCGCCCUGCCCUGUCCUGCCGCUGCCGCUGGGCGGCGCCCGCGCCCCGCUCCCGGGCGGCCGCCGCCAUUUUGUGCGUGCGGGCGGGGCCGGGCGGGGCCGGACAUGGCGGGAGGGCGAGUCCUGCGGGGGCUCGGGGCGCGGGAACCGGCCCCGUGUCGGCGCCGCACGGUUCUGCCCCGUCUGUGCUCUGCACGUGUGUGUAGCAAACGUACGUGCCCAGAGAUCUGGGUGAUCUUGAGCUCUUCUGCGCCAACGUGACUGCAUAUUAGGAACAGAUACAUGUAGUAUAGUGUGUGACAUGCAUAGGAGGGUCUCGGGGGGUGUACAGUACCCCAAAAUAGGCAGUAUAUUGUAUAGAUGGCUAGAGAGAGGGAUCCUUUGAGGGGCUGUGUAUCCACCUACAUGUAUGUAUAGAUCCUAUAAUACAUAGAAUCACAGAACACCAGGUUGGAAGGGACCUUUGAUCAGCUGGACCAACCUGUCUUGGCAAAGGCAUGGACCAGGCAGGAUGGCCUGGCACCUGGCCCAGCUGGGUCCUGAAAGUGCCCAAUGCUGGGGACUCCACCACUUCCCUGGGGAGAUUAUUGCAACAUCUGUUUCUUCUUGUGUAAAGUUUUCCUCUUCUGUCCAGUUGGGUUCUCCUCAGGAGUAACUUGUACCAUUACCCCAUAUCUUUUCCAUGUGAUGUCUUGUAAAAAGGGAGUCACCAUCUUCUUCAUAGCUGCCCUUCAAGUACUGGGACAUGGCAGUGAGGGCUCUCCUAAGCUUUCUUUUCUCCAGGCUGAACAAACCCAGCUCUCCCAGCCUUUCCUCAUAUGGCAGCCUUCCCAAUGCUUUGAUAAUUUUUGUGGCCCUUCUCUGCACCCUUUCCAGGCUUGUCCACAUCUUUUUUGUAUAGUGGGAGCCAAAACUGAACACACUAUUCCAGAUGUGGCCUGACAAGGCUCCCUAGUUCAAGAGAGACAAGGAUCUACUUGAGAGAGCCCAAGGAAGGGCUACGAGGAUGAUUAAGGGACUGGAACACCUGCCUUAUGAGGAAAGGGUGAGAGACCUGGGAUUUUUCAAUCUAGAGGGAAGACGACUGAGGGGAGAUCUAAUUAAUGUCUAUGAAUACACGAGGGCUGGGUAUCAAGAAGGCAGGGACAAGCUCUUGUCACUUGUGCCCCAUGACAGGACAAGGGGCAAUGGACUCAAACUUGAGCAUACGGAGUUCCACCUCAACAUGAGGAAGAACUUCUUUGAACAGGCUCCCCAGAGAGGUUGUGGAGUCUCCUUCUCUGGAGACAUUCACGACCUGUCUUGGAUGCCUUUCUGAGUGGUCUGCCCUAGUUGGUGGCUUUUUUUUUUUUUUUUUUAGUCCUGCUUUGGCAGGGGGUUGGACUUGAUGAUCUUCGGAGGUCCCUUCCAACACCUAAUAUUCUUGUGAUUCCGUGACUGGAGUGGGAUGGUGACUUCUGCUGCUGAUGCCCUUGUUGAUGCAGCCCAGCAUCCUGUUGGCUUUCUUUGCUUCUGCGGCGCACUGCUCAGUGAUGCUGAGCUGCUUGUCCACCAGGAUGCCCAGGUACCUUUCCACAGAGCUACUCUACAGUCAGGUAGGUCCCAACAGAAGGCUGUCAGGAGCUGUACCAAAAGCUUUGAAGAAAUCCAGGAAGACACUGUCUGCUGCUCAUCCUGUAUUAGCUACGCUGGUUACUUUGUCACAGAAGGUGACCAGGUUUGUCAGGCAUGAUUUGUCCUUAGGAAAUCUGUGCUGGCUUUUCCCAGUCACAUAUGAUUGGACUUGUGUUAGCCCCCAGCAGGAUUCUUUCCUUCUACAAUUUCCAACUGAUGGGGCUGUAAUUUCCUGGAGCCUCUUUUAAACCCUUCCUGUAGCUGGGAGUGAUAUUAGACCCCAUCUGUGCUUCUGGGACCUCCCCUGAUCUCCACGACUGCUCAGAGAUGGUGUAGAUCGGCCUUGCAGUGAUGUCAGCAGCUCCCUUCACCCCCACUGGGUAUUGUCAGGGUUACAGUGCAGCUAACCUAGAUGCAACAGUUCUGUAAGGGCCUCUAGUUACAGGGCUUUGUAUGUAACACACACACACACAUAUAUAUAUAUAUAUGUAGGGAGAGAAAGUGUUAUAUCAGUUACUUGCCUGCUCUUUCCUAUAUAUAUAAAAAAACCCCAUUAUAUAUACACAACUAUGGCUACAUACAUAUACAUAGAUAUAUUAAUAACAUAAAGAUGGAAAUUGUUUUAUAAAGGCUAUAUUCAUAUAGUUAUGCAUUUGUAUGAAGGGGGGGUUUGCCUGUGUAUAUCUUUAUGUAUAGUGAAUUUCAUAAACUUAUCUAAACCUAUAUAUCUAUGCAUAAAAUGGAGCAUUACACAGUUA